UCUUGCAUGAUUUUUUAGUUCCCUCCAGGUGCCUCAGGACCAGGUUUAGCAGAGUACAAGUGGCAUCAUACACUCCUCUGCCGGUCCUGUAAGCAAACUAGAGGGGAUCAAGUACUGACUGUGUGAAUGUUAAAAUCUCCUCCCUAACAGCCGGUGGACUGUUCUGCAUAAAACGUCUGAUGCAUUGUUCACAGUAGCCUUCGGGUCAAUGUAAAUGGAAACUCCAGUGGUAAACAAAAAGGUAGAAGAGAAACUGACAUCAAUACAAUGUCAGGACUGCACACUGUUUCUCUCAGAGUCACAGUUUUGCACCAGCGUUCAUUCACGUCAAUACAUACACCUCCUCCUAAUGAUUUCCUAGUCAGAACAGUGUCUCUGUCCAACUUCAGGGAAACUCCAAAGUCCUCGAUUUCGUGGUUCAAGUCUAAAUCAUGGUAUUUGAGCCAACUCUCCGUCAAUAAAAUAACACAUGCAUUCCUGAAUUUAGACAAAAAAGUAAAAUUUUCUUGCAAGUCAUCCAGCUGAAGAGACUGAAAGUUAUCAAAAAUUACUGAGGGAAGGGGAAUGCAGCAAAGUUGCUGUUUACGUAGCCUUUGCCGCACACCACCCUUAUGUCCUCUUUUCCUCACCCUCUGUCUGGUGGAUUCUCCAGCACUUGCAUGAGAGAAAUUGUUCCGUAAGAUCUUCAAAGGCAUGUUAAAAGUUGUAUCCAGCACUCCAUGCCAGACAUCGUGGCACGACAUGAGAAAGUCACGGCUAUACUGAAGACUACCUCCAUGCCUAUGCUGUCUUCUCUCAAAUUAUCCAAACAAUAGCAAAAAGAUGAAAUAGAUAAGAAAUGUACAGUGCAUCUUGGUGGCUCCACAUAACAGAAAACUAGAAAAACUAAACAAACGAUCAGAAGAUCAAUCAAACAAACACUAGAAAAAAACCCGCUCAUGUGGAAGGAAAUGAGGUGGAUCAUGUCGCUAAACAGGCUCUAAGACUCUGAUAUACAGUAGAGUUUAGUGUUCCAGUGAGUAAAAUGGAAGUGAAAGGACUAAUUAAAAGGGGCUGUAAAUGGGAUGUGGAAAGAAAAUGGGACAAUGAGACAUAGGGGCAUCAUAUAGGUAAUAUCCAAAGAUAAAUUGGGUUUGAUAGAAACAAUUAUGGCAAUAGAAGAUAAAAUAUCAUAAUAUCUCGACUCAGAAUUGGGCACUCCUCACUUAAUCAGUCAAUUUAUAUCAUUGGCAAACACAAAUCUGGAUACUGUGCUAGAUGUGGUCUUCUUAAAACAGUUGAACAUGUACUAAUAAAGUGUUUAGGUAAUGAUAAUUAAAGAUUACAGCUUAUAGAUGCACUAAAGUCUAUAGGAAUUACUCCAUUUUCACUGCAGAUUCUACUAAAUAAGGAUUCAACAGUAUAUAAAGCUCUGCUAAUAUAUUUGAAGGAUACAGAUUGAGAAACAGGAUUUAAGAAUUUAAGUGUUUUUUUAAGUGGCAGAAAUGCACCAUAAGCUGGUUUGCCAACCACCAUGAAACAUUAAAGAUGUUUCUCAUGGGUGUUUUACUCAUCCCUGCCUCCAGAGGGUGAUAACCAGUGAAUUGUGCAGAAAUGUGAGAAAGAAGAAGAUGCACAAGCAAGUAUUGUUGUAUGUUCAUGCUGAUUUUGUCAAUCCAUCUAAAGUCCUGAUUGAGGAAAGUUAUUUUGUUCAACACUUAUAUCAUCCUACAAUUGAAGAAAGAAAAGAAGGUGGUAUAUAAUGAGGAACAACUUCAAGUGUAACAACUGAAGUUUACUGGCAUACUAUUACAAAAAUGCAGUGUGUUAAAGAAGAGUUUAAAGAGGAGAGUGAAGACAUCAGUAUUACAGAAUCAUGCAGAAUUAAACAUGAAGAUGCUGAGGAACAAAGAGACUUGAUAGAAAUGAAAGAAGAAAGUCAAGAACUGAGUGACGUGGAGGAGAAACAUCAGUAUCAGACAUUUGAUAAUAUGACUGGUGAAGAUGUUAGUGGCUCGAAGACUGAAAAUAAUUUUACACAAAAAAGAACUCGAAGAACAAGUGCCAAAAAUUCCUUCACCUGCUCUCACUGUGGAAAGAGUUUCAUACAAAAAGGAUACCUUAAAACUCACUUAAGACUUCACUCUGGAGAGAAGCCUUUCACCUGCCUUCAAUGUGGAAAGAUUUUUGCACAUAAAGUAAAUCUUAAGUGUCACAUGAGAAUUCAUACUGGAGAAAAACCUUUUACAUGCCAUCAAUGUGGAAAGAGUUUCUCAGAGACAUCAAGCCUUCAGAGUCACCUGCGACUUCACUCUGGAGAGAAGCCUUUCACAUGCCUUCAAUGUGGAAAGAGUUUUACACAGAGAGGACAUCUUUAUGUUCACAUGAAAAUCCACACUGGAGAGAAACCUUUUACAUGCCUUCACUGUGAAAGGAGUUUUGCACAUAAAGGAGAUCUAAAUCGUCACAUGAGAAUCCACAGUGGAGAAAAGCCUUUCACAUGCCAUCAGUGUGGAAAGAGUUUUGCAGUGACGUCAAAUCUUCAGAGUCACCUGCGACUUCACUCAGGAGAGAAGCCUUUCACAUGCCCUCAGUGUGGAAAUAGUUUUACACAAAAAGGAAGUCUUUACCGUCACCUGAGAAUUCACACUGGAGAAAAGCCUUUCGCAUGCCUUCAAUGUGGAAAGAGUUUUGUUACAUCAGGACACCUGAACAUCCAUGUGAGAGUGCAUACUGGAGAGAAGCCAUUCAAAUGCACUUCAUGUGAGAAGAGUUUCAGCACAUCAAGUAAUCUACAGACUCAUGUAAAAAAGAAUUGUCCAAAACUGUCAUAUCUUGUGAGAACAACUUCAAGUGUAACAGCUAAAGUUUACUGGCAUACUAUUACAAAAAUGCAGUGUGUUAAAGAAGAGUUUAAAGAGGAGAGUGAAGACAUCAGUAUUACAGAAUCAUGCAGAAUUAAACAUGAAGAUACUGAGGAACAAAGAGACUUGAUAGAAAUGAAAGAAGAAAGUCAAGAACUGAGGGACGUGGAGGAGAAACAUCAGUAUCAGACAUUUGAUAAUAUGACUGGUGAAGAUGUUAGUGGCUCGAAGACUGAAAAUAAUUUUACACAAAAAAGAACUCGAAGAACAAGAGUCAAACAUUACUUCACCUGCUCUCAGUGUGGAAAGAGUUUCACACAAAAAGGAAACCUUAAAACUCACUUAAGACUUCACUCUGGAGAGAAGCCUUUCACCUGCCUUCAGUGUGGAAAGAUUUUUGCACAUAAAGUAAAUCUUAACCGUCACAUGAGAAUUCACACUGGAGAAAAGCCUUGCACAUGCCAUCAAUGUGGAAAGAGUUUCUCAGAGACAUCAAGCCUUCAGAGUCACCUGCGACUUCACUCCGGAGAGAAGCCUUUCACAUGCCUUCAAUGUGGAAAGAGUUUUACACAGAGAGGACAUCUUUAUGUUCACAUGAAAUUCCACACUGGAGAGAAACCUUUCACAUGCCUUCACUGUGAAAGGAGUUUUGCACAUAAAGGAGAUCUAAAUCGUCACAUGAGAAUCCACAGUGGAGAAAAGCCUUUCACAUGCCAUCAGUGUGGAAAGAGUUUUGCAGUGACCUCAAAUCUUCAGAGUCACCUGAGACUUCAUUCUGGAGAGAAGCCUUUCACAUGCCCUCAGUGUGGAAAUAGUUUUACACAAAAAGGAAGUCUUUACCGUCACAUGAGAAUUCACACUGGAGAAAAGCCUUUCGCAUGCCUUCAAUGUGGAAAGAGUUUUGUUACAUCGGGAGAGCUGAAAACCCAUGAGAGAGUGCAUACUGGAGAGAAGCCAUUCAAAUGCACUUCAUGUGAGAAGAGUUUCAGCACAUCAAGUAAUCUGCUGACUCAUGUAAAAAAGAAUUGUCCAAAAUUGUCAUAUUGAACAAAUGUAAUUUUAGGGUCAACUCUUAUUAAUGCAACACUUCAGUCUUAACUAAUCAUUUUAAGUCAGUCAACUUCAGUCAGUGUAUUACAUCUGGGCCCGUGUUUACAAAGAUUUUUAUCUUACUACUAGGAGUUCUCCAAAGAGUUCCUAGCUAGGGAUUUUUGCUUGAAACCUACCUUCCACAAAACUGCUAAGAGAAAGUUUUACUAAGAAAAUCUUGUUAUGGAUGACAUCACGUUUUAUGUGCGCACACUUUUAAAUCGCCCCAAAUGAUUGGUAGACUGGCAAGCACUAUUUGUCAGCAAAGACAGACAGACAGAGAGACUGUUUUUGGUUUUUUUUUUCAGUUGUUGACCACUUCAUCCUGUGUUGAUGCAGUGAAACAAGCAUGCAUCCCAUCUUCUACUGUAUCAAGGGAGCCCCAUGAUGGCCGUGAAUGCCACCUUAUUUCUCUGCAUCGAGUAAGCAUUGGCAGAAAAACAUACGUUAUGAACUGUCGGAUGAUGUGCAGUCUGGAGAGGACAUUUAUAGUUUGAUUGACGAUUCUGCUGACCGAUGACAGAAACUCCCAAUUUAUUCGUGCUAGUUUCAUUUUGCAUAUGGCCAGGGAGCGCAGAGUUGUAAAAACCUUUAUCUCCGUUGUAAUUGGGUUGUUUCAGUUCGUGGGCGAGGUGACUGCACCUUUAACUGAGUUUAUAAUAAUGAAAACACCCUCACGAUUCAGGCGAUACCUUUUUAAAAGGUCAAUGUCAAUUUUAAUAUUUAUAAUAUUAUAGUAUUAUAUUAUUAAAAUUCGUCAACUCAAUUGUUUAUAUAGGCAUUAUCUUUUUAAAAGCUGUCAUAAUAUUCUAAAACAUUGUUUUUAAUGUAGAUUGACGACAGCAGGCAUGUUUCAAAUUGUUUGAGUCACUCUUAGAGAUUUAGGAGUCCUCAGGACAACUUCCAAGCUGUCGUGGGUUUAGGAGCGACUUUUAGCGUUAAAAUGCUUCAUAAAUUCCUCUUAGAUGAAAAUUUAAGGAGUCCUAAAAUUAGAAGUGAUAGCCCCUAAUUUUUAAGAUUGCUCCUAAAUUUCCACACAGCUACUUUAACCUUAAGAUUAUUUGUGAAUACGAGCCCAGACAGCUGUAGUUGAAAGUCAUACAAAAAGAACCACAAAGGUUAGGGACAGAAAAAUGUGGAAAAGCGUAUUUAUCCAUGUAAAUGAUCAUAACCUAUAUUUUACCUAUAUAAUCCUAUAUUUACUGUCUUUGAGAAUCAGUGGGUUCAACCAAAAGCAGAAAAAUGUUGCUUUAUGUGGAGUUCAGGUGAAAAUGAGGUGCAUUUCGAAUUGUUCUGAGAUAAGUGCAGGCAGAAAGCACACUUGAGGUUAAGUCAUCCACUAAAUUAGGAGCAAGGGAGCAUCCUGUAGCUUUCCUAUGCAGCUAAGUGCAUUCACUGCAAACAUCUGGUAAAGUUCAGUUUCAGGCUGCAGCUGAUGUUUGGACCACUCAACAUCUUUGGCAUGGGAUAAUGGUAAUCAGUUCAUAGAUCCACAAUUUAUAUACAGUAUAUAGUUUUAUUUUAACAUGAUUGGCAAUGAUUGGAUAAUGCUGGCCAUUACUUUGAAUCAUAAUUAUGCUAAUUUCUGAUUGGUAAAAUGCUUUAAUGAUAAUUUCAAGCCAAGUUAUUUGUUUGUAAAAAAAAAAGUAUUUUUUUUAGUAUUUUUUUUAUACACAUUGUUCCAAAGCAGCUUUACAGAAAAUCAGCUGGAAUGUCUGUAAUGUCUCAAAAACAUGAAUUACCAACACUUCUGGAAACAUAAUAAACAAUUUGAUAAAAACAAUUCUGACUUUUUAUAGCUUGGUAUUUUAAGAAUUUCACAACUUAGUCCCACUGUCCACAUUUGAGGACAUACAUUUUUUGGAAAAUUAUUUGCUCUUUAAAAAAAAAAAAAAAAAGUAAUUCUAUUGCUUGUUUAUUAGGUGCUACUAGUCACAAAUCAAAAAGGGAAAUGGAAAAUGCACACAGCAGUCACAUUCGCUUAUUAUUUUUUCUUAGUUGGAUUAGUAAUUUCUUAUUGGUCUAAACCAGAGGUGCCCAAACUUUUUCCUAUGAAGGGCCAAAAAUCAAACUUGAUUGAGGGCAGUGGGCCAAAAGUAAAAGUUGCAUAUAUCAAACUGUAUUAUUUUAAAAUUAAAUAUUAAUACUGCAAAACACAAAGAACUCUCAAAUUAAAAUCAUCAAAUGUCCUAUACUUGCACAAUGCACAUAACUGAUUUCAAUAUAAUUUUUAUGUGCAUUGUGUCUCUCUCAAUUGUGUCACUUUGAAUAAAAUGUCUGCUAAAAAUGUAAGCAUCUAUUAAAACAUGUUUACUGUCUCUUUGAGAACAGAGCAUCUCACACUAAACACAGUAGUUCUGUGCAGAUUGGGAGAGAUGAAGAUACAAUGGCAUGACGUAAUACUAUCAGUUAGGAUAUUGUUUUGUUAUGUGACAAAGAAGAUAUUAAAGAUAUUUCUUAGACCUAGGCUACACACUGUCCUGGAUUUCACUCAGUAUUACCAUUUAUUGGGACUGCCAAAUGUAGUAGGAUUAUUUAAUUAAACAAUGCUGUAAAAUGUUUUUGCGUAGUGAAUGCAUUUAGCCUACAUACUUUUAUUUGACAUUAAAACUGUUUUCCUGUUGUGAUAUCAAAAACUUGAAUUGUACUUUUG